AGCCGGCCCUGAUGUUUUUCCUUCUCUCUGUUUUAAAAGUUUUCAAACUUUAGACCAUUAGUGAUAUAAUCUGAGUUGAUCUAUCAGCACUCUCUCAAAAAAAAUGAGUUUCUCGGAGAAUUUACUGGAGAAUUGGUCUCCUUCGAUGAAGCAGAGGAACGUGAGAGAGCAGAUAACAAGCUUGGUUAUUCCUACCUCUUUAACUUAAAUGAUAAGUUCGUCGUUGAUUCUCGCCGUCAAGGAAACAAGUUCAGAUUUCUCAAUCACUCAUCAAAUCCUAACUGCUACGCCAAGCCCGUUAUGCCCUUGUUAUUUCUAAGUUACGGGUGGUAGAGAGAGGAGAAGAGAUGACGUCGAUGAAUAAACAUAUAUGGACAGUAUAAAAUCUUCACUUGUUAACGUAAAUCACAACGCCAUUCAAUUAGCACUCUCUCAAAAAAAUGAGUUUCUCGGAGAAUUUACUGGAGAAUUGGUCUCCUUCGAUGAAGCAGAGGAACGUGAGAGAGCAGAUAACAAGCUUGGUUAUUCCUACCUCUUUAACUUAAAUGAUAAGUUCGUCGUUGAUUCUCACCGUCAAGGAAACAAGUUCAGAUUUCUCAAUCACUCAUCAAAUCCUAACUGCUACGCCAAGUUGAUGAUCGUUAAAGGAGAUCAGAGGAUUGGAUUUUUUGCGGGUAAAGCUAUCCGAGAAGGUGAGGAGCUGUUCUUCGAAUAUAAACCAGGAGAAUCGGAUAGGUCUCCUAGCAAAUCUAGCAACAGUGGUAGCUCGGAGAACACCAGUUUCAUCACUACUUAGACUUGAAUCUGAAGAAGAUAGACACAAAUCAGUUGCUUUGGAUUAUAAUUGUUUUAAUUGUUUUAAGUUUUUUCUGUCUCAUGUCUUAAUUCUUGAAGUUUCCUUUUGCCUAUUUCUCAGCAUUCUAGCCCAAUGUU